CUGGAUGUUAGCGGGUGGGAGGUGCGGCCGGGUUGCUACAGCAGGAGCUGGGCGGUGGCGGGUGCUGCUGGUGGAGCCCGAGGCGGCGCGCCAUGGAGGGGCUGGAAGAAAGUGGAAGUGUCCAAGUUGGAGAAUUGUUGCCUUGUAAGAUUUGUGGAAGAACAUUUUUUCCAGUAGCACUGAAAAAACAUGGACCCAUUUGCCAGAAAACUGCCACUAAAAAAAGGAAGACUUUUGAUUCAAGCAGGCAGAGAGCUGAAGGAACUGAUAUUCCAACAGUCAAACCUCUUAAACCUAGGCCAGAACCACCAAAGAAACCAUCUAAUUGGAGAAGAAAGCAUGAAGAAUUCAUUGCCACCAUAAGAGCAGCCAAAGGUCUUGAUCAGGCACUUAAGGAGGGAGGCAAACUUCCUCCCCCUCCUCCACCUUCUUAUGAUCCUGAUUAUAUUCAAUGUCCUUAUUGCCAGAGGAGAUUCAAUGAAAAUGCAGCAGAUAGACAUAUAAAUUUUUGUAAAGAACAGGCAGCCCGUAUUAGUAAUAAGGGCAAAUUUCCUACUGAUACCAAAGGAAAACCAACUUCUCGGCCACAGUAUAAGCCAUCUGCACUUAAAAAAUCUCCUGGAACUACAUCAUCAGCAUCGUCCCGAUUACCACAACCAAGUACCACUAGCAAAACUGUUAUAGGUAUGCCUUCGGGUAAAGUGUCUUCUUCAGUUAACAGUUCUUUGGGAAACAAACUUCAGAACUUAUCUCCUUCUCAUAAAGCAAUAGCUGGCCCUCAGGCAGGAGCUAAUAUCAAACCUCGAAAUACUACACCUCCUAGUUUGUCAAGAAAUUCUGCAGCAGGUGUGCUUACCAGCAAAAGAAAAACAUUUCCUGAGAGCUACCUAGCCAGGCCAGAUGGAGACUAUACAUCUUCAGUUAAUGGUGGAAACAUUAAAGGCGUUGAGGGAAAUUCAUCUGGACACUUACCAAAAUUCUGUCAUGAGUGUGGAACAAAAUACCCUGUUGAGUGGGCAAAGUUCUGCUGUGAGUGUGGCAUUCGAAGAAUGAUUCUGUGACCAUCUUAAGAACACACAAGGGCCAGGUUCAGAGUUUUAUGAGUAUUGCUGCUUGGACACCUAGAGCACUUAGUUUUAUGAGUAUUGCUGCUUGGACACCUAGAGCACUUCCUGUGUUUUGUUUUGUUUUUUUCCUAAAGCUAUUCACAAUACCCUUUUCUUUAAUUUUUUUAAUAUAAUCCUUUGGCUGUGUAAUGUAUGUCUGUAUAUAUGUAUAUAUAGCCUGUAUAUAAUAAAUAUGUGAUUCCUCCAACCUGUUUCAUUCAAGAAAUAUUCACCUUUCAGAAAAUAAUUUCAAAUGGAAUCAUUUCUUUGGUCUCUCUGGUUGUUGAACACAUUCUGUGUAUACACCUCCACAAACUCUUACAGACUAGACUUGAUGAACUGCAAGCUUUAGGAUAAUCACACCUUUGAGAAGAAAAAUCAGAAUAAACAUUGUUUUUGGUACCUGCACCAAUAGCAUUAUACUGAAAUGGGAUAUUUGGGAUUUUGUUUUAAAGUGAAUGCUAUAUAGUUAUUAACAGUUGUUGUAAGGUCAUUUUCCCAGCUGAACUCUUCAACUAAUUUGGGGUUCCUAAAAAGUAAGAAGAAAGGAAAUCCUGAGGUCUGUGAUUCCCCUAACUUCACUGAUUAUUAACUACAUAAUUUGAGGAUAAUUUUUAAUUCUUUGAAAAUAUAAUUAUGCAUUCUUUUCAGAAAUGGCUGAAAUGUAACCUACUCUGCAUAUAAGUGAGUGAUUUAUUUACUCUAUUAGUUGGACACAUAUUCCAUCUACUUCCAAUUGUGUUUAAAGAUUUUAUUUUUCUUUCACAUAUCUCCUUUGAAGAGUAGUUUAACUUACUAAUACAGUUUUUGCAGCAUUUAGAUAUUUUUUUGUAGAAUCUUAUGUUUAGAAUUUUAUUUCACUAUAUCUGAAUUUAUAAGAAAUUAACACAAUUUAAAACAAAUCACCUUCCCAGCAAACAGUUAUCGUGGUACUCAUUAAUGCCAAGCAUGCAGACAGUACAUGUAGUUACAAAUAGAUUAAGAGAAUUUCUCAUUUUUCCCCUAUUCACAUUCUUUAGUGUUUAAUGUUGAAGCACCAUAACUGUUAAAAUAUUUACUGAAAAUAUUUAAUAGAUAACUGACUUACAUCAACACAACCAAAAUGUAUAUAUUCUCUUUAAUUUGACUAAAAAGUUUUGAUCAUUCUUUACUGUUUCAAUGAUGCUUAGUAGUAGGUUGCUUUGCCUUCUGCAAGAAUGUUCAGUAAUUCUAUAGUAAGUUCUGUUCAACCAAGCCUAAAUGAGCUCUGUCUUUCAAAGAUACUGACAGCAUUUUUAUGCUACCAUAGUUCCUACCUUAUUGUUUGUUUUGGGUUUCUGAUCUGUGAUCAAUGUAGGAAUUCAUUGCUCAGAAUUUCAUUUCUGAAACUUGCUCAGCUUUUGCUUUUAAUUUGGGAAGGGAUUGUGAACUUAGUGGUAAUAGGAGUCAUCACCUACCUUAUUCUUCCUUUCUUUCUUGCUCUUAGGAUUUUGUUUCUCCUCCGUAAUUUAUUUAGAAUCCCAGCACCAAGAGGUAGAGGCAGGUGGAUCUCGAUGAGGUCGUGGCCACCCAGGUCUACAUAGCAAGUUCCAGGCCAGCCAGCUGGAGCUACUGGGAUACUCUGUCUCAAAAAACAAACCAACUACAAAACACACAUGCGCGCGCAUACAAACAUACACACACACGCACAAUAACAAAAUCUUGUCAGCUUGAAGUAAUGAAUUUAGGAGACUAAUAUACAUAUAUUUUAGAUUUCCUCUUUAGUAAAUCCCUUUAUGUUGUAAUGAAUUUAGAAGACUAAUGUACAUUUUAGAUUUCCAUUUUAACAACUCCCUUUUUAGUCUCAAUUUGUUACAAGUAUCAUGAACUUUUAGUUCUUGUUUUAUGUAAGAAUAAAAACUUAUUUUCGUUCAGUUAUAUUUUUGUGACCACAUAAUCGUUUAUUCUGCACAAAGAAUUGAUAGAUUCAUCAGUUUAAAUAGACAAGCAAAUGGUUUUUGUCCGAUUUCUACAGUAACAAAUGAAUGUUAACGUGCACUACAGAGAAAUUAGCUGCUAAGAAACAUGCAAUUCCAGAGCCCAGAGAUUACUGUGUGCAGUGUGUUAAAGUGAAAUACAUUUGUGAAACAUGUCACGUAUUUGAAUACAUUCUUAUAUUCCGUACUUGACCGUCACAUUUAUUUGUUGUGCAAUAGUUAUUAAGCAGCCUGUAUGAAUCACUCAUUUUAUUUAUUUGCACAAGUAUUUGCCAGUGUGGUAGAAUGAAAAUGAUUGUAAAGUUAAGUUAAAAUUUAAGAAUUGCUUGUAUGUUAUUCUGGAAGUUAUUUGCUUGAAAAAGUAAGAUUAUUGUGACUACUGUUGUCUCACUCAUUUUUAUCACAAAUGGUAUAUUCAUUUUGAAUCAAUAAAGACACAAAACAAA